AUGAUUGCACAGAUGCAGGCCGCUGAUGCGAAUCUGAUCCCAUCUGAUCCCACCUGUGUUGACAAUGAGAAUGACGCUGUGGAACUUCCCACCAGGCAGUCUGAGCUCGAUUACAGAUACUUCCCUGAGAGCCUGCCUGAAGAUGAGACUUCCGAUACUCCUAAUGCUGUAUUGUCUUCUUUUGUGAAAACAAGAAAUUUGACUCCUGUCUUCAUCGAUCCUACUCUGGGCGAUGAUGACUAUCCUGUUGGAGUCAGCAGUGAGGAGGCUGAUCGUGCAGAGGAUGUCUCUGGCCUAGUUGAAGAAGAAAGUGGGUCUACAGAGCCUUCAAGUGUUAUUACGCGUGAGAUAACGUUGGCAGAAUCGGUCGAGAUCGAGAAGCGCAAAUUUCAAGGUUUGAGGAUGCACAUGGAUGCUCUGAGGAAUAAAAAUCUAACCCCAGCAGAGCAAGCCGACGGGGCCUCUAAUUAUAUCGACCAGACUUCUGCAAGUACUAGUCACGAGGAUUAUCGAGGACCUUCUUCAAGUAUCGACAGCUCAAUAAUCAUGAAUCCAGACAUUUUCAGUGUUUCUGAUUUGCGAGCAAUGGCGGAUGCUGAUGAGACGGAUCCUGUUCCAAUUCGGCCUUCGGCUGAGUUGUAUGAGCGACUUCUAUUCCUGGACGAUGAUGAGGACGUGCAAGACAACGACCUACAGUUCAUGCAAGGUUUCGAAGAGCACUAUCCCACAUUGCGGGAAGAUUAUGAUGAUGGAGAGGACUACUUUGAUAGUAGCGAGAGCGAGUUUGAAGCGUUUCCUCCUCCACGCGUGCCUCGGUCAAGUGAGGAACAAGACCGCGAUAUGGAUCCCGCAGCUUCUCAAGACUCUGUGCCUGAAUUCAAGCCGUCUCUCUUGGCUGAUCGCGAAAAUGACCCCAAGAAUGAUCUUUCGGCGCAUCUCUCGCACUCGCGCUCUGCAAGUGGCCGUCGAAAGUUCUCUAACAACUUGACCAAUCAAGGGGAGAUGCAUGCAGUGCACCAACCUUCUGACAACGGCGACAAGCGUAUGAUUCGCCAAGAUACCUCAGAGGCUGAAUCUAUCUUGCUGUCGCCAGCUGAUUCAGAUGACACUCAAGAGACAGAAUCAGUUCCGCUAAUAGUGAGAAAGCGGAUUUUGAGUGCGGCAGAAUCUACUGAGUCGCAAGUUUCCAGAGAUAUCGAAAACAGGUUUCCCGACGCGCCGCCGCCUUCGCUAAGUGGUGACACCCUGAUUGCUAAUAGAUCAUUGCUGUACAGCAGAGAGAACAGACAGAGGUCAAUUGAGUCAAGAGGCAGAGAGCUCUAUGAGCUGAGACAUCGAUCGCCAAAAAGACCAAAGACCUCAGAGAGUGUCAACAACCCAAAAAGAGCUGUCGCGCAGAAUUCUAGUAUAACGAUAGAUAUUCGACGCGUUUCUGCUACGUGGAAAGAGCAACUCGCAGAAGCGAACAUUGUCCGGAUCCUGGACGCCAUUACGGCGAUUGUCGAUGCCAGAUCUGUAACGACAGCCAGGUCAUUUUUCAGAGACAAUGUCGAUGUGCUUUCCUGUCUGUCUUGCUCGAUAUUGCUUAUUAAUGAUCUGAUUGACGAAGCUAGCAAAAUUCAUGGAAUGGUAGUUGGGACAGAUAAGGAGCUUUGUGAGUUGGCCACUGCGCCUAUUGAUCGCGCUGUGUCAGCAGCGGCAGACGUGAUGAAACUGGUUGACUAA